AGCCGGCGGCAGAGACUGCGCGCGGGCCACGCGCGGCGGCGACUCGGGCUGGGCGGCCGCCCUGCCCCACCGCCCUUCGGCGCUCGCAGGUCCGCUCCCCUCCCAAACCGCAGAGCGGCAGGCGCGGCCGCUGGUUCGAGAGCUCGGCCGGGGCAGCGCAGCCGCCGGCCGCCCCUCGCUCCCAGGCGCCACAACCCCGCGCCCUCGCCGCUGCUGCGUCCCGCGAGACCUGUGGGGAGGUCGGGAGUCACUUCGGGUUCCCUUUCAGCCCACGUGGUCCUGGGACACUCCACCCAGGAACCUAGUCGGCACCGAGCAGGGAAUCCCAGCAGCGGGGUUCUGGCCCCAGCACGCGUUGCGGCAGCCGGGCGAGCGUCCUGGCGGCCUCCAAGUGCCGGAGGGAAAAAUCAUGUCUUCUUCCAGAGUGGGGCUCCGUUUGGCUGCCUGUUUACUAAACGUUUCAGAAGCCGGAAGAAAAUACAUUGUUGAGAACAUAGCAAAAGCAGCUCUUCUUGACAAAAAUGGAAAGAAACAUCCUCAAGUUUCAGUGCUCAAUAUAUUUUCUGAUCAAGACUACAACAGAUCAGUCAUUACAAUAGCAACUUCUGUUGAUAAGUUGGGCAGUUCUGUUCUGGCUGCCUGCCUAGAAGCCUUCCAGGCUAUCGAUAUGGAAGUUCAAGAGGGAAUCCACCCUUGCCUGGGAGCAGUGGACUUGAUUCCGAUUUACCCUCUCUCUGGUGUCACAGUGGAAGAGUGUGGAGUGGUGGCCAGAAGAUGAGAGAGCUGAUGAUGCUACAGAAGAAAAGUUGGAAUCUAGCAGAGGUUGGUUGACGAGAUUGAAGGAAAGAAGCUCCCUCCAUAACAUAAAAGUGCAAGGUAAAGCAGCAAGUGCUGAUGUAGAAGCUGCAACAAGUUACCCAGGAGCCUGGCAUCUCUAGCUAAGAGCAAGGAUGAAGGUAGGCUGGCCAUGGUGGCCAUUCCUGUAAUUCCAGCACUUUGGGAGACCGAGGUGGGAGGAUUGCUUGAGCCCAGGAGUUUGAGACCAGCCUGGGCAAUAUAGUAAGACUCUGUCUCUACAAAAAAUUUAAAGAAAAGGAUGAAGGUGGCUACACUAAACAGAUUUUCAAUGUUGAUGAAACAGCAUUCUGUUGGAAGAAGAGGCCAUCUAGGAGUUUCAUAGCUAGAGAGAAGUCAAUGCCUGGCUUCAAAGAACAGGCUGAUUCUCUUGUUAGGGGCAAAUGCAACUGAUGACCUUAAGUUGAAGUCAAAUGCUUAUUUACCAUUCUGAAAAUCCAAGGGCCUUUAGGAAUUGUACUAAAUCUACUCUGUCUGUGCUCUAUAAAUGCAACAACAAAGCCUGGAUGGACAGCACAUCUGUUUACAGCAUGGUUUACUGAAUAUCUUAAGCCCACUGUUGAUACCUACUGCUCAGAAGAAAAUAUUCCUUUCAAAAUAUUCCUGCCCAUUGACAAGGCACCUUGCCACCCAAGAGCUCUGAUGGAGAUGUACAAGGAGGUUAAUGUUGUUUUCAUGCCUGCUAACACAACAUCCAUUCUGCAGCCCAUGGAUCAAGGAGUAAUUUUGGCUUUCACAUCUUAUUAUUUAAGAAAUACGUUUUGUAAGGCUAUAGCUGCCAUAAUAGUGAUUCCUCUGAUGGAUCUGGAAAAAGUAAAUUGAAAACCUUGUGGAAAGGAUUUGCCAUUCUAGAUGCCAUUAAGAACAUUCAUGAUUCUUGGGGGGAAGUCCAAGUAUCAACAUUAAGAGGAGUUUGGAAGAAGUUGAUUCCAACCCUCAUGGGUGACUUUAAGACUUUAGUGGAGGAAGUCACUGCAGAUGUGGUGGAAAUAGGAAGAAAACUAAAAUUAGAAGUGGAACCUGAAGAUGUGACUGAAUUGCUGAAAUCUCAUGAUAAAACUUGAAUGGAGCCCAGCAAGGUGGUUCAUGCCUGUAAUCCCAGCACUUUGGGAGGCUGCAGCUGGCGGAUCACUUGAGGCCAGGAGUUCAAGACCAACCUGGCCAACAUAGUGAAACCCAUCUCUGCUAAAAAUACAAAAAUUAGCUAGGAGUGGUGGAACACACCUGUAAUCCCAGCUACUUGGGAGGCUGAGGCAUGAGAAUCACUUGAACCCGGGAGGCAGAUGUUGCAGUGAGCCUACAUCAUGCCAGUGCACUCCAGCCUGGGUGACAGAGCAAGAUGCUGUCUCCAAAACAAACAAAAAAACCCAACAACUAGAAUGGAUGAGGAGUUACUUCUUAUGGAUGAAGCAAUAAAAGAAGUUUCUUGAUGUGGAAUCUACUCCUGGUGAUGAUGCUGUGGACACUGUUGAAAUGACAACACAAGAUUUAGAAUAUUACAUAAACUGAAUUGAUAAAGCAGCAUCAGAGUUUGAGAGUAUUGUUUCCAAUAUUGAAGUUUUACUGCAGGUAAAAUACUAUCAAACAGCAUCACAUGCUACAGAGAAAUUUUCGUGAAAGGAAAAGCCAAUUGAUGCAGUAAACUUCACUGUGGUCUUAUUUUAACAAAUUACCACAGCCACUCCAGCCUUUGGCAGCCAUCAGCCUGAUCAGUCAGCAGCAAUCAAGAUGAAGGCAAGAAUGUCCACCAGCAAAAAGAUGAUGACUUGCUGAAGCCUUAGCAUUUUUUAGCAAUAAAGUUUUUGGUUUUUUUUGAGACAGGGUCUAGCUCUGUCACCAAGGCUGGAGUACAGUGGCAUGAUCUCAGCUCAUUGCAGCCUUGACCUUCCAGGCUCAAGUGAUCCUCCCACCUCACCCUUUUCAGUAGCUGGGACUACAGGCAUACGCCACCACACCCAAGUAAUUUUGUUUAUUUUUUGUAGAGUUGGUAUCUCACUAUGUUGCCCAGGCUGGUCUCAAACUCCUGAUCUCAAGCAAUCCUCCCUCCUCAGCAUCCCUAAGUGUUAGGAUUACAGGCGUGAGGCACUGCACCUGGCCAAUAAAGUAUUUUUAAGUUAAGGUAUAUAUAUUGGUUUCUGCAGACAUAAUGCUAUUAAACACUUAAGAGAUUACAGUAUAAUAUGAACAUAACUUUUAUAUGCACUGGGAAACCAAAAAAUUUAUGUGACUUGCUUUAUUGUGAUAUUUGCCAGCGAUAUUUGCUUUAUUGCUGUGGUCUGGAAUCAAAUCCACAAUAUCUCUGAGGUAUGCCUGUACCUUAAAGUAGUGUUAAUGAAACAGAAAUCACUUAGGGCUAAAAUAAACUUAGGAGAUUUUCUUGGCUUUAUGGUAUCUACAAUACCAGGAACUUCUAAUGCUGGAGUCCCUACCUGACUCAGAGAAAGAACAUUUCCCAGGCUGGGCGUGGUGGCUUAUGCCUCUAAUCCCAGCACUUUGGGAGGCUGAGGCAGGCAGAUCACUUGAGGUGAGAAGUUUGAGACCAGCCUGGCCAAUAUGGUGAAACCCCGUUUACUAAAAAUACAAAAAUUAACCAGGUGUGGUAGCGGGUUCCUGUAAUCCCAGCUACUCUGGAGGCUGAGGCAGGAGAAUCCUUUGAACUCAGGAGGCUGAGGUUGCACUGAGCCAAGAUCAUGCCACUGCACUGCAGCCUGGGCGACAGCGUGAAACUCCAUCUCAAAAAACAAACAAACAAAAAACCAGGCUGGGCACGUGGCUUAUGCCUGUAAUCCCAGCACUUUGGGAGGCUGAGGAGGGCAGAUCAUGAGGUCAGGAGUUCAAGACCAGCAUGGCCAGCAUGGUGAAACCCUGUCUCUACUAAAAAUACAAAAAAAAAAAAAAAAAAAAAAAAAUUAGCCAGGCAUGGUGGCACGUGCCUGCAAUCCAAGCUACAUGGUGGGCUGAGGCAGGAGAAUUGCUUGAACCCAGGAAGUGGAGUUUGCAGUGAGCCAAGAUCGCACCACUACACUCAAGCCUGGGCGACAGAGCGAGACUCCAUCUCAAAAAACAAACAAACAAAAAACCACCAAAACCAAAACAUUUCCCAAGACUUUUUACACCCCAGUGGUACCCAGUCUUUUUUUAGUGUCUUCUACAUUUCAUUUCCUCCAUUAACAUGGCAGCCUGAAUUAGAAUUAAACAAAUAAUACACCCUGAAAUUGCAGUUGGGAAAGUCUCCUAUGCUUAUUGUGGCCAGAGAUCUCAUCUCAGCCCUGAUUUUGAUGAUCCGUGAUAAGGAACAAAUAAAGAAGGCCUGCACUCCUGCUAUCCCAGGCCAGCCCCAGAAUUCCCUGAGCACCUACAUUUCGUAUAUCAGACAAAAAUGUAUGCCAUCUCUGUGUUUGCUUACAGGGGACUAUAAUUAGCUCCUAGAAAACAAGCAGAGGUCCGGUGAAGGAGUAAUCUAGAAAAGCCCAGCAAUUCUAUAUUUUGCCUUGAGAAGAUAAAAUCAUAUCCAGAGAAUCCAGAUAUGAAGAAUGGCAGAGGAAGAUGAAAAAUGUUCUGUCAUUUAGAGUAAUCUCCAAUUGUGUUUAAAUAUUAGGCUUCCUUAUGUAGCAUCUGGCCCAGAGCUGUCCAAUAGAACUUUCUGUGGCGAUGGAAAUGUUCUUUGUCUGUGCUGUCCAGUAUGGAGACCACUAGCCAUGUGUGGUUGUUAAGUACUUGAAAUGUGACAAGUGCAACUAAAAAACUUCAUUUUUCAUUUUUUCUUUUCUUUUUUUAGUUUUUGUAGAGAUAGGAGUCUAACUAUGUUGCCCAGGCUGUUCUCGAACUCCUGGCUUCACGCUAUCCUCCUGUGUCAGCCUCCCAAAGUACUGGAAUUAUAGGUGUGAGCCACUGCCCUGGCCCAUUUUAUUUAAUUUUAGUCGAUUAAAACUUUAGUUCUAGAGAUAAAUCCUAAUUAAAAUUUUAAUUGAUUAGAAUUAAAUUUUAAUAGCAUACAUAGCUAGGGGCUACUGUAUUAGACAGUGUGGUUACUGGCCCUUGCCCUCCUAACUUUUUAUACCUUCUAACAAUAUUUACAAGUUGGGGCUAUUAUAACAUUGUUCAAAAAUUGAAGGCACCAAUUUCAUUAAUCCUACAUAUACAUUUCCACUGUGAAAUUAGAUUUGUAAUGGGUUAGAAAUUCAAGCCUCCUUGUAUCAAGGCAAGCUUUUACUGUGAGACUAACUUCAGUGGAGCAUUCAUUAUGUUUAAGCUUUGAUGUUUAAAAUUUGUAUAAAUCAUGUGCUUUAGUGGUGAUGGUUGCACAACAGUGUGCAACUUCAUGCCACUGAUCUGGACACUUAGAAAUGACUAAAAUGAUGAGUUCUAUGUUAAAUAUGUUUUACCACAGCAAAAAAAUUAUAUGCUUUGGUUUUUAAAAUUUGGCUUGCUUGUGAUUUUCUUUGGUUAAAAUUCCCUCUGCCACAGGCCUUGCUGAGGAUCUGGUGCUGCAUGUUCCUGGCUGCAGCGUGUU